AUGUCGUUUACAAUCACGGUCCGCCGCGGCCCCGUGCGCCUGGCGUCAAAGCUGCCAGACCUCACGAAAGCCUCAUUCCGAAGCGCGGCUCCUGCGCGGGCCUUCCACCAAUCCGCCACCAAAUCGACCAACUUCUUCACACCCAGAACCACCGUCGCGUCGUCGAUCCUACGAACGACACAGAAAAAUGCCUUCUCGCAGUCGAGAACGUACAUGCAGCCGUCUGCGCCGCCGGCUGUCGACUCGAGCACCACGAUGCGCAAGCUGCUAACCGGCGGUGCCAUCUUCGGUGGUACCCUGAUCGCCAUCAACGCCGUUUUCAACCGCGAGACUCGCGAAGAUGGUGGCAUGCCUCCCCACGAGCGCUCCUACCUGAACUCGACCUUCCUCCACACCGGCCUGGGCAUCGGUAUCAUCGGUCUCACGGCCCGACAAAUGAUUCAGUCUGGCUUCGCCUACAGAUUGAUGGUCACGAACCCAUGGGCAGUCGCAAUCGGCGGUCUCGCGCUCAGCUUCGGUACCAUGCUUGGAACUCGAGCAGUCGACCCUGACAACUACGUGCCCAAGUACGCCCUGUGGACAGCUUUCAACGCCACCCAAGCCGCUUUCGUCGCCCCUCUCCUUGCCUUCGCUCCCGGCGCCCUGAUCGCUCGCGCUGGCUUGUACACCAUAGCCAUGAUGGGAUCCAUCUCGUUCGUUGGCGCCACAGCCAAGCAGGAGAAAUACCUGUACAUCGGCGGACCCCUUCUGGCUGGUGCUGCGAUAGUGGCCGUUUCGGGAUUUGCGCCCCUUAUCAUCCCCGCCACGGCCGUCCGGAGCCUGGCCAUGACGGAGAAUCUCUGGCUGUACGGAGGUCUUGCGGUAUUUGGUGGCUUCACGUUGUACGACGUGCAGAAGGUGCUUCACCAUGCGCGCUUGGCCGAGGCCGGUGUCAUCAAGAAGGACCCGGUCAACGAGAGCAUCUCUCUGGAGCUGGACUUCCUCAACAUCUUCAUCAGGAUGGUUCAAAUCCUGAUGAUGCAGCAAAACCGCAGGAAGUAG